AUGACAUGUUUCUUAUGGAAAAGGAGGCUAGACCGUAACUCAACCGGAAAAAAUCCGGACCCAAAACGUGUCUCACUCGACAUGGAGCUCACGAUCCCAACCCAUUUCCGGUGCCCAAUAUCCCUCGACCUCAUGAAGGACCCCGUCUCGUUAUCCACCGGCAUAACCUACGACCGAGACAGCAUCGAGAGGUGGCUCGACUCCGGUCACGCCAGGUGCCCCGUCACCAACCAACCCUUAAAAACCCUCGACCAAAUCCCGAACCACGCCCUCCGCAAGAUGAUCCAAGAGUGGUGCGUUGAUAACCGGUCGCUCGGAGUCGAGCGCGUCCCGACCCCACGCGUCCCCAUCUCUCCACAAGAAGUCUCCGACAUUUGCGUCGAGAUGCGCGACGCAACCGAGACUCAGAAUGAUCAAAAAUGUCGAGAGCUCGUCACGAAAGUCAAGGACUCGGCACGCGAGAGCAAACGGAACCGACGAUGCAUUUCGAGCAACGGGUUCGGAACUGCGUCGGCUGGCGCGUUCGAAGCAUUCGCGCGCGUCUCGGUCGAGAAACACUCGGUUUUGCUUCGAGAAAUCCUAUCCGUGCUCGCGUGGGCUUUUCCCCAGGACUCGGAGGGUUUCUCGAAGGUGGGGUCUGCAGACGGACUUCGGUGCCUCGUCCGGUUUCUCGGCAGCGGCGGCCUCUCAGCGCGGCGGGACGCUGCGCUCGUGCUAAACGAGGCUUUGUCGGAGGAGCGGCUGGCGGAGGUCGAGGGAGCCGAGGAGGCGUUGAUUGGGGCCGUGAAAUUACGAUUUUGCCCCCAGGCAACGCAAGCGUGCCUCGUGAUCGUUCGACGGAUGUUGGUGUGGUCGCGUGGUCGGGAGAGAGAAAAAGGUUCGGGUUUAUUAUUCGUACGGAUGGGAUUGGUUCCGUUGCUUCUCGACAUUAUCGUCGAGGGCAAUAAGGGAAUUUGCGAGAAGGCGUUGGGGGUUCUGGACGCCGUUUGCGACUCGGAGGAAGGGAAGGAAAGCGCGCGUUCGGAUGCGCUGACGGUCCCGUUGGUGGUGAAGAAGAUCCUCCGCGUGUCGGAGUUGGGUACGGAGUUUUCGGUUUCGAUACUUUGGAAGGUGGUGGUGGGAGGGAAUGAGGGUGGGGUUGUGGAGGCAUUGGAGCUCGGAGCUUUCCAGAAGCUUCUUGUGGUGUUGCAAGUUGGGUGUAGUGAGGGGACGAAGGAGAAAGUGACCGAGUUGUUGAAAUUGAUGAAUGCGUAUAGGGAUAAGUUGGAUUGCUUCGAUUCGUCCAUGGGGUUCAAGUUCAAGCAGAUUAAAAGACCCUAG